CUCUCUCACUCUCACUCUCACUCUCACUCUCACUCAUUCACUCUCUCCCUCUCUCGAUUGAAUUGAAAGGAAAAGAAAAAAAAGGAAGGGAGAAGGGAGAAGGGAGAAUGGGAAGAACACCUUGCUGCUCUAAGGUGGGUUUGCGGAGAGGCCCAUGGUCUGACAAAGAAGACAAAUUGCUCACUGACUACAUUCAGGCACACGGUGAAGGCCAAUGGCGAUCCAUGCCCAAGAAAGCCGGGCUACUUAGAUGUGGGAAGAGCUGUAGACUAAGAUGGAUGAACUAUCUCCGGCCAGGCAUCAAGAGAGGAAACAUCACCGCCGAUGAGGAAGACCUUAUUAUCCGACUUCAUACCCUUCUCGGAAAUCGUUGGUCUCUCAUCGCCGGAAGACUACCGGGUCGAACCGACAAUGAGAUAAAGAACCAUUGGAAUACCCAUAUGCAGAAGAAAUUCCAGAAACCAGAAAUUCUACAGAAUGCCAGAAAGAAGGCAUCGAAAAAGGCUGAAGAGGAGAAGAAGAAGAAGAAGAAGAACAAGAACAACAAGAACAACAACAGCAAUCCAACUGUCACCACUCUUUCCGACAGAGAAAAUAAGCAAAAGAAGAACAACGUUGUCGGUGAUUCCGACGGUGGGAUCAGCAAUAACACAAUCUAUAUGCCAAAACCUGUUAGAGUUUCCGUUUCUUCAUCGUCGUUGAGGAAAGACAACAGUUUUCAUAGUACGGAAAGCAUUGUAUCGAGCCAUGAAGAAUUUGAUAAAGAAGCUAAACCAGGAGAUUCAAAUCCGACAUGGCCAUUGUUUGAGCUUGAGCUUGAAGAUAUUAGUCAUGGAGUCGGUCAGAUUUGUGAUCGAGAUAUAUUCCGGGGCUAUGACCCUUCACUUCAAUGUUCAAUACCUACAAACAAGGACAUGCUAGAACAGGUGUAUGAGGAGUAUCUAAAGCUCCUGUAAGAAAGUGGGACUAAAAUGUCGUUUCCUGCAAUGCAUCUUCAUUUUCACCUAAUACCUGUAAACUAUUUUAUUUUUUUAAAUUAAUAAUUA